AUGUCCCAGGCUUCUACUGUAUGUGCUCUCAACGACCACUUGCCCAAUACGGUCUUGAGACUUCCACUCAAAUACCCAAGUACAAAUAAAGAGUUGAAAAGCCAUGAAUACUUCGAGAGCCAAAUUGCAUAUACCGGCUGUUUAAUUGCAACAACUACUCACAUGGUGGACCACAUCUCGUGGAGAUUGAACAAUGACUUGAAAACCAUCACCUUGACCCCCAUCUGCAUCUCCAAUCCUUUCCAACUCGAGUGUCGUACCAUCUCAUUGCUACUACCAAGCCAGGUUUAUCCCCAUUGUAUCGAUGCCGUUUACCAUGGUGAGGAAGGAGGUUACUUGGUCGUUGACGUGAUUGACGAGAAUUACCUUUGGAUAACUUUGAGGAUCGAAAUGAAUGACUUUCUUCACAACACCAAAAAUUUCAGACCUCUCACGUUGGACCAGUUUGAGUCCUGGGGUCACAUAUCCGUUCCUUACUCUUUCGAGUUGCGGUCGAAUCCAUAUUGCUUGCGUGUGUUGGACGAGCGCAAUGUGGUGGUCUCGUUGAAAGAUGGGGGCCUUCUACAUUUCCAGAGGUCGUCGGUGCUCGCCGAUUUCAAUGUCUUCAACUGUGAGGAAAGCGCUCAUUUUCACUUGGGAGGUAUUCUCGAUGGCAUUUUCAAGAGCGGAAGGGCAGACUUGACUGUCGAUGGGGUUUCCUCCAAUGCGGCUAUAGACGCUACCAUAGUCCCAGAUCCAUCUAAAUCUCUCAUUGCGACGCUCACAGUCAGCAAGACCAUCAAGUUUUGGGACUUGAAGGAACAUUCGCUCUUGAGAGAACGUACAAUUCACCCACAAGACACAAACACAUGGCUCUCAUUUGGUCCAGCUCGAUAUUUGCAGUGUUAUGGUAAUGUUCUCGGCGUACACUCAUUACUGCAAACUAAACACUCAACUUCCAUUGACUUUUGGGACGUAAGCCCGUUGAAAGAAGACCAAAAGAGCUACAAAAUCUUACAUACAGUUGAACUCCUGUCCCCCACAAUCAAUGGAGCCCCGUCAGAUAGUCCUUUUUCCAAUGAUAUCUGGUUUAUUCAGGACUUCACACUCAAGUUUGAAAAAGGAAACUUUACUGUUUUGUGGAAAUCUAAUAACUCAUCUAUAUUGACGAUAUACGACCUGAAGAACUUGGCAGAAAAUGACAAACCCCCCAAACUUUCGCAGUGGACAUUGAGCGGUUCCGAAACAGUAGCAUUGACCACUUCGUUCCAAGACACCGAAUUCUUUGAAAAUCAAAUUUUCAAUACCGGAAAAUACAACUGCCUUAUACUUCGUACAGCUAUGAAUGUGCUUCGGGAACAUGCUAAUCUAGACAUCGUUUAUGGGGGAAGAGCCAUUAGACAGCUGAUUUACGAAACCGUCGAUACAAUAUCUGCCAUGGAGGGCGUUGAUAAAAAGGCAACAUGGCUCAAGUUGAUUUCUUUAUGUGACCAGUUUCGCAAGACGGGUCAAGAGAGCUUAUCGCUUGCUGAAUAUACUGAAGAUUUUAAUUUUGAAUCAAUUGCCCUUCAGGUGGAUGCAUUCAGUCUUUUCGCAAAACCUCAUGAUUUCCAAGUCUUUUCAGUUUUCCUGGAAGAUUCUGAGAAAGGAAAAUUGGCCACAAUUCUUUCAUCUUUGACGCAGAAAUUUUCCAACAAGUCAAGAUUCAAAAUUUGCCAGGCAUUGUUAGAGCGAGGACAGAUUAGCUCUUCCUCGGCCACAGAACUCUAUGAUGAAUUCAUACAGAGUAAAGUCGACGACACUGAGGCUAUAGACUUUCAGAACAGGUUGGCUGAAGUAUCUUUAAAGACUAUUCGGGAGAUGAUUUUUUCCAAAACCAGAGAAGAAGACACAGAAAUGCGAACUGCUUCAGACUCUAGCGUAUCACCUUUCUUAAGGCUUAAUGCCAUAUCAUCCUUAAGAGAUAUCAAGGAUGCGCACGAAAAGAUUCUUAUAGACAUGGCAAUAAUCUUUCUACUUUUUGAUCCUCGAGAAGAGACAGUCGAAUUGCUCAAUGCCAUCGUCAAAAGAUUAUCGUCAUACGCCAUGCUUGAGCAUAUAUUCUGCACCUGCUUCAACGACCAAGGUACUGAACUAGAAAGCCACAGUCUCAGCAAACCAGAAAAUUCUGUAUUCUGGAUUUCUGUGGCAGACAAGUUUCCAGCAUUAAAACAACUCAUAAAUGGGGGUGACAUGGCUGGAGCAUUCGAUUACCUUGUCGAGAAACUAGACAAAUCUUACGAUGAAGUCAUAUUAAAUGUGGUUAUCGAAUUACUCAAUCGUGGUAAUGGUGAGGUGGUAAGGAAGAACUAUAUCAAAAGCUUGAAUCCGAAUCGCCUAAUUGACCGCAUCUUGAUCGGAUUGGUUUACUUGCUUACAGAUGAUGUUGACAACUUUCGUGCGACUUUUGAAGACUUUGCUGAAACGCUGCUUCUUCAAAAUGAGCAGAACAAAACAGACGCUCCACUUGAGGACCGUCUAAACUACAAAAAAGAGGUAUCUGAUCUCUUAAAUGCAGUUUUCGCUUCGUCUUCAAAUCCCGCGGCACAGAAGUCCAACUACUAUCAUACCCUCUUCGCUUUGGCAAAGUCACAAGCCAAGGUUCUUCGUCAUCGCUCUCACGAGAAUAUCAUCUCGCCCAAUUCCACUUCGUCAGCUGAAGCGAAGUUUAUAAAAGCAGCAUUACUGUUUGAGCAGAAGGCUAUUUCCUACCUGAAGCAAGUUGUGAAAUCUGAGCAUCUCAAGUUCAACUUGGAUGAUGCAUACUUGAACGUCUACGAGUUGGGUCUUUACUUGCAAGAUUACAAGUCUGUUUAUGAAAGUUUGCAGAAUUUGUCUCCUGUUGCUGACGAAUACGAUUACAACUAUUUGAUGAAACGGUACCUCAGCAGACUUAUUUCCCAGGGUUCCAUUUCAACUAUCUUUCCACCAAACGACAACAAAUUGUAUCGCGACAACUACUUGUUGAUUGACUCUGUGCUCUUGGACUUGGCAAAUAAUGAGCUUGUGUUGGCAUCUGCUCUCACCUUUUACGAAUACUUGUAUUCUUGGAGGCUACUUGGAUCCGCAACAAAAGUUGAUCCUACGGAACUAACCGAUAAACGAGGAGCAGCAGAAGCGCUCUAUAUGUUUAUCACCCGCUUUAAACUCGAACAGCCAGACCUUUUGAGCAGUACCAGUGAACAAUCAGAAGAUAUAAAGCAGUAUAAACUCAAAGUGUUGGAACUCUACUUGAUGAUCUUGAACUGUCUUCAAAGUUUUGAGAGCAUUGAAGAUCAAUGGUUGGUUAAAUCACAAACCAAUGAUUCCUUGGCAGUGGUCAAGUUAAACGAGAUUACUUUGGAAUACUACAAUUGGUUGAAAGAGAUAAAAGACGAGCUUUAG